GCAGCCGUACCUGAUGCUCCCUCCCUAAACCCCAGCAAAACAUUUCCCCAAUCCCCAAUCGUCACUGUCUUGCAAGUUGCACCCACAAACUAGGGUUUUCGGAUCGAUUUCCAGAGAGAGAGAAAGGUAGUGAAGAGUGAGAUCGAAGAGCAAAAAUGGCGUUUAUGCAGCAAUUUCGAGAGACGAAGAGUGUGGCGAAGAGGUCGAAGAAGUACUUGGAGGAAGCACUGUACAAGAGGCUCUUCAAAGAUGGUAGCUCAGAGGUCAGCGUGAGACAACAAUUGAAUCAAUUCCUGAAGAGCAAGAAGAGAGUCUUCAAAUGGGAGGUCGGUCACUCCCUCAAGAUCCUCCGCCAACGCAACCGUUUCUACCCUGCCCUCAAGCUUUCAGAAACUAUGGCAGAAAGGGGUAUGAACAAGACAGUCAGUGAUCAAGCCAUACACCUAGAUCUUGUUGCUAAAGCUCGAGGCAUAGCUGCUGCAGAAACUUACUUCAUUGAACUCCCAGAAACAUCAAAGAACCAUCUAACUUAUGGUGCUCUUUUAAACUGUUACUGCAAGGAAUUAAUGACUGAAAAAGCCGAGGCUUUACUGGAAAAGAUGAAAGAACUAAAGUUAGGCUUAACCUCCAUGCCUUACAACAGUUUGAUGACGCUCUAUACAAAAACUGGCCAGCCAGAAAAGAUCCCGACCAUCGUCCAAGAAAUGAAAGCCUGUGAUAUCAUGCCCGAUUCCUACACGUAUAAUGUCUGGAUGAGGGCUCUCGCUGCUGUCAGUGAUAUUUCUGGGGUCGAGAGAGUGAUUGAUGAGAUGAAGAGGGAUGGUCGAGUUGUAGGAGAUUGGACAACUUACAGCAAUUUGGCAUCAAUUUAUGUUGAUGCUGGUUUGUUUGAGAAGGCAGAGAAGGCACUGAAGGAAUUAGAGAAAAGAAAUGCACGCCGAGACCUUUCUGCUUUCCAGUUCUUGAUCACAUUGUACGGUCGAACUGGGAAUCUGCUUGAAGUUUAUAGGGUAUGGCGUUCUUUAAGGUUGGCUUUUCCUAAAACUGCAAACAUAAGCUAUCUGAACAUGAUUCAGGUAUUGGUUAACUUAAAAGAUUUACCGGGUGCUGAGAAAUGUUUUCGGGAAUGGGAAUCUAGGUGCUCAACGUAUGAUAUUAGGGUUGCGAAUGUGCUUAUAGGAGCAUAUGCUAGAGAAGGUUUGCUAGAGAAGGCUGAAGAGUUCAAGGAGCGGGCUCGGAGGAGGGGGGGCAAGUCCAAUGUUAAAACUUGGGAAAUCUUUUUAGAUUAUUAUUUGAGAAAUGGGGAGAUUAAAUCAGCGGUUGAGUGUGUUGAUAAUGCAAUUUCUACUGGUAGAGGGGAUGGUCAGAAAUGGAUCCCAUCACUGGAGAUUACUAAAAAAUUUAUGCAAAAUUUUGAGCGUAACAAAGAUGUGGAUGGUGCAGAAAGGUUUCUGGGGAUUCUGGAAAAGGCUGUGGAUGAGUUGGGGUCAGAGGCGUUUGAAUCGUUGAUAAGAAUUUAUGCAGCAGCUGGCAGGACAAGCCAAAUGCUGCGUCGAAGGGUGAAGAUGGAGAAUGUGGAAUUGAGCGACGACUGUAAGAAGUUGCUCGAUAAGUGAGUUCCAGACGGAACGGGUCGGUUUGAUCUACGCUUCCCAAACUGGUGCUCGAGAUGCCAAGCCCACGGAGAGACCUGCACAAGAGUUCAACCGGGAACAGAGAGUCCCCCAGCGAACCCUCCGACGAGCAAAUUAGAAAGAGAGAGAAAUGGAAUGUAGAGAUAGAUUGGUGAUAGAGAAGCUUAACAUUUUCUUUGUCUUAGGAGCCUGUUUAUAUCUAUUACUCAUCAUUUUCUUGUCCACUCUGAGCCGUCAUGUUGGUCAAAAGUCUAUGUCCUAGCUUGCCUUGUUCAUGGUGAGGCUGUUUUGUUCCGACGUGAAGGGUUAUCGC